CAUCGGAAAAUUCGAAAUUCACGCUGCGCGAAUCGAAAAUCCAAACGAGCUCGUCCGAUCCGAUCUGUAGAAAGUAGGUACACGUGUGUUUUUGUUGGCCCUCGGAUUUUGUUGUGAUAAAAAUUAAAAUCGCUGUGAAAGAACUACUGAUGAUGAACUCCCCGCCUAUGAUGGACCAGCAGAGUCCAAAUUGUUCUGCCUCUCUUAUGGAAGGUUUCCUGCAGGAAGCUCAGCGGAAGAGUCAGUCGUUUGAGCAGCCGGCACCGGAGCCAGAAAUGUUGCAUAAUCCGUACGCCGGUUUCGAUCCACAUGCCGGCAUCAACUGGCUCUUUCCGAUUGACUUUACCAGUUCGGAGUACCUGCCGUUGAUUGCCGAGAAGUGUCUUUACCACAAUUCGUUGGUCAUCCUGCCGAACAAGAACGAGAAAUCUUUCGUCACCGCGAUCACGAUGUACAACAUUUACCGUUGGUACCCGCUGGGGAAGAUCAUAUACGUAGCUCCGAAGCGGGCUAUGAUCGACGAUCAGAAAGCCGCUUGCGAGCGGUUCAUGAAGUUGGCACCAACGGACGUGGUGGAUAUGCACAGUGUGAAAGUGCACGAACGGGCCCGGUACUGGAUGGGCAAGAGGGUGUUCUUUAUCUCGUCGACGAUGAUGAUUAGCGAUAUCAAUCGCUCCGCCCAGGAUAUGCCAGUGAUGGACAAAGUCAAGCUGAUUGUCAUAGAUGAGCCGCAGUUGGAUCAGCGUGCCCACGCGAAGAUCAUUCAGAAGCUGCUGGAGUUUACCAAGAACUUCCGGGUGCUGUGCGUGUCGACGACUUCGAGCAAGACGGUGGAGGCGAACCUGCUCAAGACGUGGCUGAUUUCGAACAUCGAGCUACAGUGGGGUAAUCCGCACGAAACACCGGAGGAUUGGUUGAUGAACAAGAAGGAGAUCAGCCACAUUUCAGUGCCACCGGGGCCGUCACUAGAGGCGCUGCUGAUGGAAUUGAAGGAGAUUGCCCAGCGCUACAUGCAGAAGCUGCUCGUGUCCAAGCUGAUUGCCAAGGGAGAAUUUGAACGGAUCUCGGUGGAACAGAUCCAGCAGGAGAGGAACCGCUACGAGCAAACUAUACUGACCGGGGUGUUGCGUAAGGAUCAUCACGAUGUGAUGUUGAACUUCCACAUGACCGAAAAGUUGCUCCGGGGGUAUCACAUCCUGCAGCGUGACGGGAUUGUGUCCAUUUUGGAACAUUUCAUCCGGGAGAACGACGUACUGGUACAGGCCGAUCCUAAGCUUGCUACUUACCUGCUGAAGCUUCGAAGGGGGACUUAUACUUCACCGCAUCCCAAGUUCCAGACAUUGGAGAACUUUUUGAGGGAGUUCCAUCAGAGACGAGCUGAUGCGAAUGUUUUGAUUGUGGUAGAACGGGUGGAAUCUGGUGCGGUCAUUCUGCAAAACCUGCGCAAGAUUCAGGAAUCGAAGUUCAAAAUGAUUAUCGAUGGCAAUUACUCCCAGGAUGUGGAACAAUUUCGCAGUGGCAUGCUAAAUACGUUGAUCGUAACGGUUCAGGUGGAGCCGGUGCUGGAAAUUGGCAAAAUCGAUCUGAUCGUACUGUUCAACAUGACGAGCCAGCCGCGGGAGUUCCUGGCCCACAUUGCCCGUACCCGCGGAUCGGACCCCGGUGCGAUCGUCAUCUUCUCCACUGAUGGCACCGAGCAACAGGAAAUUGACAAUGUGAUGAAAACUCGUCGUUUGUUCUACUACGAAAACCGGAACAUUCUUCCCAUUGGAGUUGACCUGUCGCAGAUGAUGAUGCACGUCUCGCCGGGACUGAUUCCGCCCGGUUUCCAGCCGAAGGGCCGUCAGAUCUACUUCAACAUACCGACCACAUCGCAGAAUGUCGCAGUCGGGGAGCAACCUGGGACCAGUGGAAUUGGAGCACCGGCGGGAACCAGCCCAUCGCCACAAGUUGGCGAGAAGCGCAAGAUCGUGGAGGUCCUCGCCGAUGUGCCGGCUACGUACGAUGCGGUGAACGGACAGACCUACUACGAGGUGGUGUCGCUGAAGCAGCAGAACUUGGACAUUCCACUGUCGCCUGGACCGGCCUUUACGGCCACGUGAACUUGAGGGCUUCCCUUAUGGUUUUAUCGCUAAUGCCCUGGGCUUGUUUUCAUUUUAUUUUUCAUUUUUUUUUUAUUAUUGUUGACCCGUAAGUACUAUCUACCGAACGCCGGAGAGGCGUUCUAAGUCCUAAAGAUGACACUGAUUGAAUGUAAAUUUGAAUCCUACA